AUGAGCAGCUCGAAUUCAUCUUCAGACAGCGGUCAAACUCCGACUGCGGACACUUGCUCUAGCGGUGUUGAUGGUUAUUGGAGUCCAGACGUUAUACGGAGAGGAGCUGAAUCUUCAUUUCUACCGAAUUCAUAUUCAUCUACAAUUUCAUCAAUAUCAUCGGUGUCAUCAAUACCAUCAUCAUCAUCAGCAGACGAUGUAUCGUCAUCUGAAUCAGCUGCAGCACCAUUGCCGGGUGCAGCUAUACAGCAGGUACAGAAUCCAAGACCAACAGAUAUGAAUGAUUAUGGUGGCACAUACAGUACUACUAACUCUUCUGGAACAGUUCGAAAUUUUCCUCCAAAAAAAAGCUAA